AAUUGAGCGCCAAACUCAUUUUGGGUGCUGAUAGUCCUGCUAUUCAAGAGAACAGAGUGGCCACUGUCCAAGGCUUGUCUGGUACUGGUUCUUUGAGGGUUGGAGCCGAGUUUUUGGCAAAGCAUCAUCACCAACACAAGAUAUACAUUCCAAAGCCAACAUGGGGAAAUCAUCCAAAAGUUUUUACAAUGGCAGGGUUGUCUGUGGAAUAUUAUCGCUAUUAUGAUCCAGUAACUCGGGGACUAGAUUUCCAAGGCUUGCUGGAGGAUCUUGGAAAUGCACCUUCUGGAGCUAUAGUACUACUUCACGCAUGUGCACAUAACCCAACUGGUGUUGACCCAACCAUUGACCAGUGGGAGCAGAUCAGGCAGUUGAUUAGAUCGAAAUCAUUAUUGCCUUUCUUUGACAGUGCUUAUCAGGUACUCAGCAAAACGUUCUUAAAC